AUGGAUAAAAAGAUAGUGCGCAAAGGGCCGCUGCCUGGGGGUCGCCGGGGCGCGUCUGGAGCUGGCGCUGGACGCGGCAGCAUGCGGGCCGCCAGCCGAGCGCGAGGAGCUGCACGGUCACCUACCAGCCCUCCGCAUCCAUCAUCCCCACCAGAAGGCUUGGUGUCGGCUGGGUCUUCUCGGACUCAGCAAGCGGCACCCGCCGCUGGUGGAGCACGUCGCAUGCGUUGGUCACAAGAAAUGAAUGCAAACGCACUGCGGGCGUACUUUAGGGCAAAAGGGGAAGAAACUGGAUGUUUGGCGUAUCGGACUAGGAUGCAUCGUCUUUUUGCUGAGCUGGAGCCAUCUUUAAUCGUCACAGAGCAAAACCUGGCAGAACGAGUUCGGUAUAUCUUGCGCUCAAAUAUAUUUGAUGUCGCCGAACUCGAACGGCUACGACGUGAGGCUGUUCCCUCGUCGGAUGAGAAUGCUACGGCUGAGGAUGCGGCGCCACAAAUGGUAGAGCAACCCGCAAACGUGGAUGCCGCCGUGAAUACCCCAGUUGUGGUUGAUUCAAACGAUGAUGGAACAGUCGCCCAGGAACUGGAAUUAGAGCAUAUGAGGAGUAUAUUGGAAGAGGCGAUUGUGGAAACGCGCAGUACGCCUCUCGAAAAUCGACCGCGACUUCCCCGCAUAGCCCUAAGCAAGCGGAAUCGGGCUGUCGUGAGGGCUCUGAACCCAAUGCUGGUUACCUAUUUGGAAGCCAGCCGGGACCUUUGCGAGACGGACUCAAUUCUUUUUGGCGCCGCGCUGGCAGUCUGCCGUAUCAUAGGCGCCAAGGUUUCCACGGCUGGACGCGCUACUGGCCAUAGUAGCGCUAUCCCAGCAUGGAGAAGAAGAAUUGAGGAACGUAUCGCAAAGGCUAGAGCUCUCAUCGGCAGACUGAUAUGCUUCAGAUCAGGCAACAACAGGCCAAGAAUUGUGCGCACCGUCAGGAUGGCGUUUGCUGGGACAAAUGUCAGUUUGUCCCAGCCGGAUAUAACGCAAAAACUGACGGAGCGCAUAGAUGAUCUGAAGCAGAGAAUCGCUGCUUGGGGAAAGCGGAUUCGGCGAUAUACCGAGAGGUCGACACGGUUCAACCAGAAUCGUCUCUUCCAGAGUGAUCAGAAGAGGCUCUAUGAAUCAUUGGAGCGACCAAUGGUAAGUGGAACGGGUCCAGCACCGAAUCAGGCCGACACUGUAGCAUUCUGGCGCGGCCUGUGGUCAGAGCCCGUAAACCAUAGCGAGGGCCCUUGGACGGAAGUUGUGGCGAGUCAGUGUGCGGGUAUUACGCCCAUGGACCCCGUCAUCAUAACGCCGGAUGACGUAGCUGAGGCGGUUCGUAGGGCCCCGAACUGGAAAAGUCCGGGGCUUGACGGGCUGCAUCACUACUGGCUGAAGGGGUUCAUGGUGUGUCACUCUGUGCUCGCCCGACAGUUUCAAGAGGCUCUCAACCAGAAGUCGCUCCCAAGCCUCUUCACUACUGGGAUCACUCAUUUGGUUCCUAAAGACCAGGGGCCGCUGCCUGGGGGUCGCCGGGGCGCGUCUGGAGCUGGCGCUGGACGCGGCAGCAUGCGGGCCGCCAGCCGAGCGCGAGGAGCUGCACGGUCACCUAGCAGCCCUCCGCAUCCAUCAUCCCCACCAGAAGGCUUGGUGUCGGCUGGGUCUUCUCGGACUCAGCAAGCGGCACCCGCCGCUGGUGGAGCACGUCGCAUGCGUUGGUCACAAGAAAUGAAUGCAAACGCACUGCGGGCGUACUUUAGGGCAAAAGGGGAAGAAACUGGAUGUUUGGCGUAUCGGGCUAGGAUGCAUCGUCUUUUUGCUGAGCUGGAGCCAUCUUUAACCGUCACAGAGCAAAACCUGGCAGACCGAGUUCGGUAUAUCUUGCGCUCAAAUAUAUUUGAUGUCGCCGAACUCGAACGGCUACGACGUGAGGCUGUUCCCUCGUCGGAUGAGAAUGCUACGGCUGAGGAUGCGGCGCCACAAAUGGUAGAGCAACCCGCAAACGUGGAUGCCGCCGUGAAUACCCCAGUUGUGGUUGAUUCAAACGAUGAUGGAACAGUCGCCCAGGAACUGGAAUUAGAGCAUAUGAGGAGUAUAUUGGAAGAGGCGAUUGUGGAAACGCGCAGUACGCCUCUCGAAAAUCGACCGCGACUUCCCCGCAUAGCCCUAAGCAAGCGGAAUCGGGCUGUCGUGAGGGCUCUGAACCCAAUGCUGGUUACCUAUUUGGAAGCCAGCCGGGACCUUUGCGAGACGGACUCAAUUCUUUUUGGCGCCGCGCUGGCAGUCUGCCGUAUCAUAGGCGCCAAGGUUUCCACGGCUGGACGCGCUACUGGCCAUAGUAGCGCUAUCCCAGCAUGGAGAAGAAGAAUUGAGGAACGUAUCGCAAAGGCUAGAGCUCUCAUCGGCAGACUGAUAUGCUUCAGAUCAGGCAACAACAGGCCAAGAAUUGUGCGCACCGUCAGGAUGGCGUUUGCUGGGACAAAUGUCAGUUUGUCCCAGCCGGAUAUAACGCAAAAACUGACGGAGCGCAUAGAUGAUCUGAAGCAGAGAAUCGCUGCUUGGGGAAAGCGGAUUCGGCGAUAUACCGAGAGGUCGACACGGUUCAACCAGAAUCGUCUCUUCCAGAGUGAUCAGAAGAGGCUCUAUGAAUCAUUGGAGCGACCAAUGGUAAGUGGAACGGGUCCAGCACCGAAUCAGGCCGACACUGUAGCAUUCUGGCGCGGCCUGUGGUCAGAGCCCGUAAACCAUAGCGAGGGCCCUUGGACGGAAGUUGUGGCGAGUCAGUGUGCGGGUAUUACGCCCAUGGACCCCGUCAUCAUAACGCCGGAUGACGUAGCUGAGGCGGUUCGUAGGGCCCCGAACUGGAAAAGUCCGGGGCUUGACGGGCUGCAUCACUACUGGCUGAAGGGGUUCAUGGUGUGUCACUCUGUGCUCGCCCGACAGUUUCAAGAGGCUCUCAACCAGAAGUCGCUCCCAAGCCUCUUCACUACUGGGAUCACUCAUUUGGUUCCUAAAGACCAGGUAUCUUUACGUCCACCACUGAACAUGGACAUCCAAGAAAGUGUAUUCUUAGCAGAGCUGGAAAGUAUUAAUUCAAAGAUUUGUCAAAGUUAUCAAGCUUAA